GCCAUAAAUGGUCGGAUGCAUUGUCUCCUCUUGAUGCAGCUACAACCAAGAACGAGAAGGACCAGAAAACCUGUCGCCAAGAACAGCAGCCUGUUCAUGUUGCUGAUGAUUUACAUCCGACAGGUUUCUCGGGAAGCAUGAUAAAUGAUUUACCUGAUAUGCAAUCAAUGAUUCCUGAUACUGAUAUUGAGGCUGGGAAGUUGAACAAUGUAGUUCGCAAGGAUGAUACGUAUGUUUCCGAAGGAGCAGGAGGUGAAAAUCUCACGAAAAACACAUUAUGUCAUGCUAAUCUAGCACCUAACCUUCUUGAAGUUGGAAAUUGUGAUGAUAUUGGAAAAAAGAAAACUGAAAAACACGAUACCGUUGUAGUUGAAAGUGGUGAUGGAGUGGAGGAUUCGAUCAAGGCAAACUCUAAAUCCGAAUCCGUAAGCACAGAUAAUCAAUCCCCAGAUGUCGUUGAGGAAGCGAAUGAGAUUGAAGGUCCACACUUGGAUAGAGUUUCAAAUAGGGAAGAUGAAAUAAAGGAACCCGAACUACGUAGGGAUAACAAGGUACAAGGAGAGGGUGCUGGCGAGGAUCUUAUGUCUUCUGCAGUAGAUAACAGAGGAGGAAAUCAGUUCGAGAGAACUUCAAUAGAUCAAUCAAAGAAAGAUUCAAUGCAUUCAACUUUGUAUUCCGAGCAUUCCGGUCAAAGUUCACGUGCUGUUGAUGAUGGCCACGCCCGAGAGUCUGGACCGGCUGCAUCUGGGACUGGUACAGUAAGUUUGCAAGGAGAGUCUGAUAAUGGCUCUGUUAAACCUCAACUCGAUACAACCAUAGGUGAUGUUUUGAUUGGAUCCGGUAGCCAUACUGAUAGUUUGGAAGCUCACUGGGGAUCUAUUUCAGUUCUUUCAACCCAAUCAGAACCAUUUUCUGAAGCAGAGAAAGCCAAGAAGUCAAAAGUUGCAUCCCAGCAACAUUUUGACAAUUCCGACGAAUUCGACACACCAUCUUUCGUAACACUGGUUGAGUCUGGAGGUGGUGACCAAAAUCCCUUGUGUCUGAAAUCCGGUCAGUACAGACUGCUCAAAGCCCUCGAGCAACGCCUUUGCAAGCCAGUUGGUUUCCUUCUGAUACUCAUGUGGCAAAUGAGUCUCCAGGAAGAAAGAACCAAGAGAUCAUAAAAAAAGUAACUACCUGGAAUGCAAAGCAGCACACACCUCUGAAGAACCUACUUUCCGAAGCCAACAGUGAAAUGAAACCGAAGUCCCCGAGCUCGAAUCAAAACCUUGCACCAGUUGUAACUCGAAGUCAUGA